UAGGAAGUGUGAAAAAGGCGUAUUCACACAACGCCUGGGUCUUACUUUCAACGUUGUAUUCUGGCCACAGAAACAGGGUUCCAAGUAUUUUGUGAAGACUACAUGUCGUAAGAUUUUGCGUUUGUUAUCAGCGACGUUGUAUUCUACAUGAUACAUACAGCACGGUAUUGUUCUAACGUGGCACCCGAAGAUGGAUGAAAAGGAAUAACGUACAUCUGAAACAUCAGGAAGUGAUGGCUAGAUGGUCUCCGAGUUUACUAAAAUGUCACAUUCCUCCAUCUUGCUUGAAAAAAAGGAUGAAAUGCCUGUUCCUAAGAUUUAGUUUGUAUAUAUUUGGUGUUCAUAUUAUUCUCACUUAUGGAUGUGAUCCAACCAGUUAUGUAUCAGUAGCUGGAGAUUGCUGUCCCUUGUGUCCUAUAGGGGCCGUGGUCCUCAGAGACUGCAUUGGUGAUUCCAAUACCACAUGCGAACCUUGUGACAGUGGAAUGUUCAUGAAUCAACCCAAUGAUUUUAACAAGUGUUUUCCAUGUAAAACUUGUGACAGCGCAAAAGGCCUUUACGUUUCACACACCUGUACUAUAAAAAGCGACACAGCGUGUGAGGUUAUGGAUGGAUAUUACUGUAAGCAAUACUCAGGCAUUGAAUGCACUUUUGCCUUGAAGCACAGACAGUGUGGCCCAGGAGAACAAAUAAUGGCUCCAGGGACUAAAGACUCAGACACUGUGUGUGAGCCAUGUCCACCAGGAUUUUACUCUCCACUGGGUAUAAACUGCGUUAAACUGACUAACUGUUCAGUCAAAGAUGAGAUCAAGGACAAAGAAGACAGUUCUGUAGAUGUUCAGUGCACACCAGCAUCAAGGGGGAGAUAUGGCCUAAUAGCAACUGUAGUUCUUUUGUUACCAGAAGUUUUGUGGUUAGCAUUUUCAUAUGUGAAACAAAACUGUCUGGUAACAUCAAAAGAGACUAAGUGUAAUGGUAACAACACAGACGCAUCAGGAAAAAGUUGAGACCGGGGAAGAGGAUUUAUUACAGCCUUAAAGUGAACUCAUCACUUCUAAAGAGGACCAACUAGCACUGUAGAGGGAGCUGAUCACGACCUGCAGACUUCGCUUGUGGACACCAGGCAGGCAGAGGUGUAGCACAUCAAGAGUGGAAGUCUUGAGUUCAGUUUUUAUAUUUAUGUAAAAACUACUGCAGUGGUACGUGGACAAGCUCUCAGUCAGAUAAACAAAUUCUGUAUGCCAUAGUAGAAAGUGGUAAAUCUGACCAGACAUUACAUAACAGCUUUAAAAGUUAAAGCAGGUUUUGCAUUUUUUAAUGCAACUUUAACAGUAUUAGGGCUGUGGUGCCUGCCUGGGGAAGAACUGUCACACGCUGACUGGGAAACCUGAUGAGAGCUCAUAGACACACACAACCACCAGCGCAAGUUAACCGGUGUGCUUUACUUACACAUUCUACGUGACACAAAACCAUGCAACCCAUGCAUUUAGUUGGCACUGUUUCUCAUCAGGUUGGUGUGUCUGGGCCCUUUAGACACAACGCAGCAUUUAUAUACUGGUUUUAACAAUGCCAUCUUAAGGGCUUUUACAUUAUUGUGUUAGCUUAAGUGAAUAUUUGUUAGAUAAGCCCUCGAGUGAAAACAGUUGUCGAAUUAAGCAGCAGAAAUCAUUGUGACCUGAUGUAAUUCUUUUUUAAUUCUGAAAGAAUGACACACACAGUCAUUUAUAAGCCAUAGCUUAGUAGUAGCAGUAAACCUCUUUAAAAUGCUGAACAUUUCAAAACUAUAAUAUUGGAUUUAAUGUGUUGCAGACUAUUCCAUCUGUUAUACAUGACUGCUGAUACAACUUCAUUACUCUGCUACCUAGCUAGUUAGCAUGCUAGGCUACAUGGCUAAUAACAAAAAAAGGCAAUACACUACUGCUCUACAACAGUGUUUAUAGCUAGACAAGGCAAUUAUUCACAGAUUUUAUGUAGUAAUGUUUAAGCCUCUCGUCCACUCCUCUUCUUCUGCUAUAAGUGGUCACUUGUAUAACUCAGGAGUGACACAAAUUUGAGUUGUGAGUUGUGAACUGAAACAGCCCCUCAGCUGCAUAAAAUCUGCAUUACUACUCUGCAAUAGCUUUGGCCACUUAGGUGAAUGUAGGAGGGGCACAAAAGAAGCACAUUGUUUGCUGUCUGAGCCACUGACUGUAUAUACUUCCAAACACAGCUGAAGUGUCACCACAAUCACUUUAAAACAGCCUCUUCUGCAUUAAUUCAAAUAUUCAACCACCCAGUAACUUCAACCAAAAGAAACCUGUGGAUGCUGAUUCUUAGAUGUAUGUUAUUAUUAAGUUAUUAAGUUUUAUCACAUAUAGCUUGAUUUGUAUCUCGACCCAUGUUCAUUAGUUAUCUUGAAUUGAAGUCGUGAAACACUAACACCAAAUUUACACUGAUCAACCAUAACAUUAAAACCACCUCCUUGUAUCUGCAUACUUUGUUAGCUCCCUUUCACCUUGUUCUUCAGUGGUCAGGACCACCUUAAAGCAGGUACAAUUUGGGUGGUGGAUCAUUCUCAGCACUGCAGUGACACUGAUGUGGUGGUGGUUUUGUGUGUGUUGGGCUGGUAUGAGUGGAUCAGACACAGCAGUGCUACUAGAGUUUUUGUAUGCAGAGAAACAGAUGGACUACAGUCUGUAACUAUAGCGUCUACCUCCGUGGUAAAUGGUGCUAAUAAAAUGGACAGUGAGUGUAGGAGGAGGUGGUUUUCAUGUUAUGGCUCAUCAGUGCACACUCCUGGGCAAAAAAUGGGCCAAGCCCAAAAUGGCAAAACAGUAAGCUUGUAAUGGUCUUAACAACAAAUCAUUAAAAAAAUAGAUAAAAUAACUAAUUAUGGGACAGCUUUUCCUUUGAUUUCUUUACAUUUUGUUUGUAAAUUUGCAGAGUCCUUUACAGAAAGAAGAGUUAUUAUUUUUUCACUCAGCAUUGGCUUCAAACACUUGAAAAACAUUACAUUUACAUUUACAGCAUUUAGCGAACGCUCUUGUCCAGAGCGACUUACAAAAAUGCUUUGUUGUCAACUUUGCUAGUUACAAAUAGGUUAGAGAGAAAGCUAGUCCUGAGCUCAGAUACUGCUAGAAACAAAAGAGUUAAACAUAGUGAAAUACAUUUCAGUAAGUUCAGUGCAGUACAUUACAGUAAGUACUUUACUUAAAUCUGGACUCUGACCAGGCCAAAACCAUCAGUAAAAAGCAUUAUAUUCAGGGCUUGGCCAAUUUUUUUUGCCCACGAGUGUAUAACAUGCUCUUUUACCUAAAUGUAUUUUACUACUAAUUUUUAAAACAUUGGUAAAUGCAUUUUGUAUUUUUGUUGAAAUUAAGUCAAAGUUUUGUAA